UUAUUUUUUUGUUGCUUUUUCAGACCCGAAACCCUGUCGAGGAGACGAAAAUGAGGCGAGACUGAUGCGAUAUCUCAUGGCCGAUUACGAUGCGGCCGUCCGACCUGCCCAGAAUUCUUCGUUGCCGCUCAGCGUGAUUUUCGGCAUUUCCCUUCAUCACAUCAUCGACGUGGACGAAAAGAACCAAAUCCUUACUACUAAUUGCUGGAUAACGCAGAUAUGGAUCGACCAUCACCUGAGAUGGAACGCCUCUGACUUCGCAGGAAUCAAGGUCAUCAGGAUACCGUACAACAGAGUCUGGAGACCGGAUUUGAUAUUAUACAACAACGCUGAUCCGCAAUUCCAGUCCUCUGUGAUCAACACCAAUGUAAUAGUUUCCAGUAACGGUGAGGUCGUGUGGUUGAGUCAUGGAAUUUACAGGUCUUCCUGCGAUAUCAACGUGGAGUAUUUCCCUUUCGACCUGCAGAGCUGCUACAUGAAAUGGGCCUCCUGGACUUACGAUGGAUACCAAAUUGAAUUAAUGAAGCAAACCGAAGAAGGGGACGUCAGUAAUUAUCAAGCGAACGGGGAAUUCGAUUUGAUUAGUUUUUCUUCAGUGAAAAACGUGGAAUAUUAUUCCUGCUGUCCCGAACCCUAUCCGGAUAUAACCUACACGAUUAAAUUGAGAAGGAGACCUUUGUUUUACGUCUUCAACUUGAUACUGCCUUGCAUAUUAAUAAAUGGAAUCGCAUUACUGGUGUUUUACGUACCAUCUGAAUCAGGCGAGAAAGUAACCCUCGGAAUCAGCGCCCUUCUUUCUAUGACUGUAUUCCUGAUGACCAUAAGGGAAACACUACCGCCUACCGAAAAAACACCCCUUAUCAGCAUGUAUUACGGGGUCAGCAUUUGCCUGGUCUCUUUCGCUUCGGCGCUUUCCGUGGUCACCCUGAACAUUUACCACAGGGGCGUGCGGGGCUCGGCCGUGCCUAAAAUCAUGAGGAACAUCGUGCUGGGAAAACUCGCCCCGUUGGUUUUCAUGAAAUUCGAGAACCAUCGAACGCAGCAAGUUCAGGAAAUUAAUCCGCAAACAGGUACCAGAUUGGACUGUCCCUGGCCUUGGGUGGACAAACGAGCCCAGGAAGAUGGUUAUUGCAUGCAACAGCGUCAUCAAAGAUCGCCGAAAUUCCCUCCGAAAACGCGAGAGAGCGAAUUAGGAAAAUCAGAUCUUUACGAAACGCAGAUAAUUCGAAUACUAAACAAAGUUCACGCCAGUAUUGACAAAAACGAUCGCAGGAUGACCGAUCAGGAUCGAAAGGAGCAAACCGAGUUGGAAUGGAAGCAAACUUCCAUCGUGCUGGAUAGAGUCCUGCUGGCAAUUUUCCUACUCAUCACCAUCAUCAGUACGACCACGAUUUUGUGCAGGAGUCCCAAGGACCAAACGUGA